AUGAACCGCGUUAACUACAACGAAAAGGCACAAGCCCUCCUAGACGACCAACAGUCCUACAAGUCCACGCUUCCCUCGCGAGCCAAAUCGAUGAUUGGUCAACUAACUGGACUCCUGAACCGACUCAAGCGAAACAGUGCUAUAUCGCUAGACGAAUGGCGACAGAUGAAACCAACGGACACGGCACUGGCCCGGUUUUAUGGAUUGCCCAAAAUCCACAAGCCCAAUGUUCCCCUUCGACCGAUCGUUGCCUUGAAAGGCAGCCCCACUUACAAUUUAUCUAAGUGGAUGGCCCGAAAACUUAACUUUCUCCGAGAAGGCUCAAGGACCUCCAUCAAUUCGGCCUCCCAAUUCCUGGCCGACAGCCGAGGAAAAGUUGUCCGACCGGAGCAGAUUACGGUGUCCUUUGACGUGGUUUCAUUAUUCACGUCCAUCCCACCGGACCUGGCACGCGACGUUCUUCGCAAACGACUCGAAGAGAAUUACGACGAGACGAACAAACCCCUAAAAAUCGACCACUUACUGCAACUGUUUGCUUUCUGCCAACAAACCUUCUUCACCUUCAAUGGCAGAACAUACGAGCAGAUCAAAGGAACGCCGAUGGGUUCGCCAAUAUCCAGCCUGGUUGCAGAACUAGUCCUGCAGGAGCUGGAAAAAGUCGCCUUCGACCACUAUGAACCUGCAUUUUGGCGCCGGUACGUGGACGACACGUUCGUCAUAAUUGAAAGGAGCAGACUGGCCGACUUCCAAGACCUGCUCAACGGCAUCUUCCCAGACAUUCAGUUCACAAGGGAAGAAGAACAUGCCGAACAGCUGCCUUUCCUUGACGUUCUCGUCACACGCACACUCAACGGCGAACUUAACACGACGGUGUACAGAAAGGCGACGAACACGACUCAGAUUCUCAACUACCACAGUAACCACCCAAUGGCACAUAAACGCAGCUGUGUUAGGACACUCUUCCAGAGGGUAAAAACGCACUGCAGUGAACCAGAGGGACGAGUACGAGAACUUCGGCAUCUUCGGGACCAACUGGCAAGGAAUGGAUACCCGAACAGCUUCGUCAGCCGCUGCCUCCGCACGCGCCCACGGCGAACAAACGGAGGAGAGCCGCCAACACUCUGGCACCCUCUGCCAUAUAUAAAGAACGUAUCCGAAGCGAUGGAACGUAUCGCUGGAGAGUUCGGCGUGGGUAUCGCUCACCGUCCGACAGCGACCAAGCGCAGCAAAAUCAUGCAAGUGAAGGAUCGCCUAGACGUGGGAGAACAAUCGGGCGUCGUCUAUCAGAUCCUAUGUCGGGACUGUCCUCGCCACUACACAGGACAAACCGGACGACGACUUAGCUCACGAAUAACGGAGCACAAACGGGCGGUCCGGAGAGGCGACCCGUUGUCUCAGAUCGCCACUCACACCCUGGAGGAAGGCCACGAAUUUAACUUUGCGAGUAUGCGGAUAAUGGCGGGGUGA